AUGGCUAGUCCUACAGUUCUCACCUUUGACUCUGAGGGCCGUCCGAUUAAGGUUGACGUUUGGCUCGAUGACCUGCACCUGUUCCUCCAGAUCACUGCCAAGGACGAUGUUUCCCUUUUUUACCACACGUCCGGCGCCGCUCCCGCACCUACUGCUACUGCUGACAGCACUGCUCGCUCACAGUGGCAGACCCGUGACGCUCAUGCUCGCCUAGCCGUUCGCAGCCACCUACCGUUAGAUGAGCGCGAGCACUUUGGCCAGCAUAAGACCGCUAAGGAGCUGUACGACGCUGUAGUUGCACGCUACUCCUCCCCUGCUACUGCUGCGAUAGGCCGUCUCUCACUGCCCUAUCUCUUCCCCGAUCUGUCUGCUUUUGCCACUGUAGCUGACCUCAUCACGCACCUCCGUACUAGUGAUCUUCGCUACCAUGCCGCGCUUCCCCCCAAUUUCCUAGCCAAGAACCCUCCCCCGAUGUACCUCACACUCUAUCACCUAGUCACCCGCCUCCCUGACUCCCUUCGCACUGUCAGGGACCACUUUCUCGCCCUCUCCCCUACCGACCUCACUGUCGACCUGCUCGAGAAGGAACUCCUAGCAGCUGAGAAGAGUAUUGUAGCAGUAGGUGCCUCUCGAGGCGACCCUCGCGCCCCCUUCUUUGAGGGGUGCUCCCCCGUCCCCCUCCUCCCCUCCAUUGCAUCUGCUGCUGCGGUCGACUACCUCGGUGCUGAGGGGGUCGGGGCUGCGUCUGCUCCUAGUGGGAGGCGCAAGGGCGGCAGGGGCAAGGGGGGCAGGGGUGGCGGAGGUGGCGGCGGGGGCGGCGGUGGUGGAGGGGGUGGAGGCGGCGGGGGUGGUGGCGGUGGUGGGAGUGGUGCUGGUGUAGGGGGGGUCAGUGGCGGAGCCAGGGGUGGUGGCGGCGGCGGUGGCGGGGGUGGCGGGGGUGGUGGUGGCAGUGGUGGCGGCAGUGGAGCCGGCGGCGGGCGCGAUGGAGCGGUGCAGCGUGGGGGCAUCGGAGGUGGCCAGAGGCAGCAGCAGCAGCAUCCCAGCAAGACCCCGUCGUCCCAGCAGCUCCGUGAGUGGUACUCUCAGCGUGGGGGGUCUGGGGGUGGAGGUACCUGCCCGUACGUCAUCCGCACAGGUGACCGCACUGGCCAGACCUGUGGGAGGUUUCACACGGCGCAGCGCUGCUUCUUUCGUCUCGACGACGCCUGGCGCGAGCAGUUCCCUGACGCCUCUGAGCUACCCCGCUGGGAUGAUCUGCUUAAGAAGGGAAUUGAUAUCUUUGCUCUUGAUUAUGAUGCUAUCCUGGGUGCUAUCUAG